AUGGGAAGAGAUCUUUAUUGGAAAUGUGGCGUCGGAUAAACAGAGAUCAAAUUCUGUGUUUCAAAACAAGUAAGUGUGGAAUAUUACAUUUGAAUGAGUCAUUUUUUUAAAAAUCUACUUAUGUGACUGAUGAAAUGGAACCAACGCCAAACUUGACCGAGAUUAGAUGAAAUUCACAUAAUAUAUUGCCACUGAAACAACAUUCACGUUCUUUAGUUUAGUGAUGGCCUCAAGCCAAAGUACGAUUUAAAUGGAAUAAUAGUUUGAUAUCUAACUCAAAUUUCCUGUAGACUUCAUCUAUACACCAAGAUUAGAGUGUUCAUUUUUGCCAUCGAAGGCUUUUCUGUUACUGUCCUUCUACGGGUUUUCCUCUACCCUUUGUAUAUUUCUCAUGGCUUCAAAAUUAGCGCAGUCCCCCAGGCAUGUUUCCCCCCAUACAUGUUUAGUCUCGUUACAAAAAUGGAGACAAUACUGAGAUUAACCUUAAAACAUGUUUAAGUAAUGUUUAUAAACUGUUAAUGAUUGUCAUUAGUUAGCUCCACCAACCGGAAAUGGCAUCAGCCCCGCGAAACCUGCGGUAAGAAAAAGUGGCUAUGGUUACAUUUAUUCACCAAACUGUGCUACUAUUUAUCAUAACCGGCAUUUAUGUGAUGUUCGCAUGUAUAAAUAUACAUAAAUAAUCACAUCGCUCAUAGGAUUAUGAUUUCAAUAAAAUAAUAUUGGAUUCGUUACGACAUUCAAUCAUAGUAUUCAUCAGACUUGAGUGAUGGCCGUUUACUUUACAAAAUUGAAGUACCCGGCAAUGUGCAAAAUAGACAGGUGGAAAUCUACCUGGAAAAAAACCCAUCCUAAUAUAAUCUUCCAACAUUUCAUUCUUACAAUGACCACUAAUAUUCUUACAAUGACCACUAAUAUUCUGACAAUGACCACUAAUAUCAAGGCCACCCUCACUUUCAGAAUACCCAUAUCGGAAUUAGGAAUCAAAAUGGAUGCCUCUUACAUAAAAUACGGCAUUCAAGAGACUUCUGACCGAAUGUCCGAUGUUGAAUUGGGAGAAGAACUUCAUUUGCCAGUGCAGGAGCAGACAAGAUCUGAAGAUGAAAUAGAUCUUGGUGGGGAAGCGUUCUGGCACAGCCAGGUAGGUACACACGAAUAUCGUUUCAAUCUAACUUUUUAAUUGUUACUGUUGCUUACGUUAGCAAAGUAAAAUGGUGAGUAGUAACGGUAGCUAAAAUUCAAAACCGAUCAUUCUGAUGGAACUAGCCAUACGAUUCAGUGAUGCAGAACGUGUUUGCAGAACAUGCAAUUCUUAUUUUCCGUAAUAUAUAAUUCAUCAUUUUGAAUGAGAUGUCACUUUAGUAGGAAAUAGGGUCAACAGAUCCAACCUUGCAUGAGUCAUUGUUAUAGAUGACAUAGUACCAAAUCCAACAGCUCAGGAGGUCAGUACACGAAGUGGUUACUCAAAGUAUUUUAGUCAUUUAAAGUAAGUUCAUAAUAACUCUGGAUGACAUGAAACAUAAUAGCAAAAACAUUUUUUUUAAAAAGGAACAGAAAUUUAUAAAACAUACAUCUUGUAUUCAAUGGGUGCAAAUCCGCCCAUUAAUCAAAAAGAUGUUCAUACAUUUGAUUUUAACCAAAUUGUUCAGUUAUUUAAACAAGUUUGCAGACUUUUGAUAUAGUCUAUCAAUGUAGCAGCUACAUCCAAACAUUGACUUGUUUAUCAAUGUAGCAGCUACAUCACUGCAAACAUUGACUUGUUUAUCAAUGUAGCACUUACAUCACUGCAAACAUUGACUUGUUUAUCAAUGUAGCAGCUACAUCCAAACAUUGACUUAUUUAUCAAUGUAGCAGCUACAUCACUGCAAACAUUGACUUGUUUAUCAAUGUAGCACUUACAUCACUGCAAACAUUGACUUGUUUAUCAAUGUAGCCCUUACAUCACUGCAAACAUUGACUUGUUUAUCAAUGUAGCACUUACAUCACUGCAAACAUUGACUUAUUUAUCAAUGUAGCACUUACAUCACUGCAAACAUUGACUUGUUUAUCAAUGUAGCAGCUACAUCACCGCAAACAUUGACUUGUUUAUCAAUGUAGCACCUACAUCACCGCAAACAUUGACUUAUUUAUUGUUAUUUGCAUCAAAUAGAAAAUGAGUUAGAAGUUCAGCUUCUUGAAUUAACUUGCACAAGAAGACUAAGAGCUAAUAAGACAGAAGAAGAAUUAGUCCCAUAAAAAUAGCUUCAUUAUGUUAAUUAACUUGUUAUCUGUCACCACGUGUUUGCCUUGAGACUUACGGAAAGCGCACUUUCGCAUUUGCUGGUCCAACAAUUUGGAACGCCCUUCCUGUCGAUCUUAGAAACAACCAGACACUGGAGUCCUUUAAAACCGAUCUAAAGACACAUCUAUUUCGCAAAUACCUUCUGGGAUGAUUGUCUACCUUAUUUUCCAGUUAAUGCAUAAUGGCUGUGUUGCUCAGGGUUGAAAUGGCUAGAAAGACUUUGCCAUUGUAUGCUUGUAAUUAGUUUUUGUAGUGUUGCGUUUGUUUUUAAAUGUUGUAAAUUAUAGAUAUUUUUUUGUUGACUUUGUACCGCGCUUCGAGCCUUUGGGGAUGAAGCGUGUUUUUGAAAUGAACUUUAUUAUUAUUAUUAUUAUGUUUUAACAUUUCCAAAUGACUUCCUACUGUAACACUUGUUAAACGAUUAUUGCCAGAUUUUUUACUCAAAAUGAGUAUAAAAAUGUUCAAAGAUUUUAAAUAAGUGCAUGUCAACUAAAAUAAACAUUUAGAACUGGGAUGGGCCAAAAUAUAUUGAAGCAGACUAAUUCUUAUUUCACACUGAAGAAUGUGAUUUUCUGAUUUCUGCCCAAACCGAAACCAAACUGUAAGUUAAAAAUGACUUUUGAACGAAACCAAAAUCAAAAUAUUAACGAGACCUCUGGCCGAAAGCAAAACAGAAAGAUUUAGAUAUUUCGAAAACCUGUUCGCACAUGUUCUGCGUACGUCAAAAUAUGAUGGGGGAAAGUAUUAAUAUUUAUAAGAAUGAGAAUAAACAUCUAAUAAAUACUUUGGCUUUUACCAUUUGAAUUAAAUAGUUGUUAAAAUGUUUCAGUAUCAUGGUAAGAGAAUAUCUUUAAAUGGGUGCGGGGGCUUUAAUGUCAUCAUUACAAUGCUACUUAGACAUAUUUGGAAUUCAUCGACAGCUAAUCGACAGCUAAGCCUAUGUAUUUUUUAUGUUAUGGCCCACUAAAAUGUCCAGACAUAAGCCUUGAAGGAACUCUUUAUUCCGCUACACUAUAUAUUUUCACUGAAACAUGCAAUCUUAUUGGUCAACAUUAAACAUUUUCCUUUACACUAUAUUAUUUAGAGGCUAAUUUUUAUAUUGGACCCAGACUAAACAAAAGUUGAAUAAAUGUUGGGCUAAGUUUAGCAUGAUAAUGCAGUAUGCCUACUACAGGAUUAUUAUAUAAUACAGUCAUACAUAUACACAUGUUUAGAUUUAUAAUUUAAAAUUCAAGGCUAUUUUACAUCUAAUUCUACAAAAUUUAAAUAAAUUUUAUAUUUCAAAAAUAUUACUCUUCCUCACAUUUGUGUAAAUAUAUGUAGCUUAUUUUGUGUAAUAUAUUCAUUUCGACAUUGACAAUGUUCUUUCAGCAUGAUAAUUGAUAAAUUUGAACGAAUGAAUGAAUUGAAUAAGCCGAAGGUUCCCUGAAUUUGUAUAUAUUAAAACAACAAAGGAAAUGUUACCAUUCCCAAGGAUUUUUUCCACAAUACCAUUCACCUUUGCCCAUGACACAUUGAUGAGCAUGAUAAUGAUAAAUAAAUAUGAAUGUCACAAAUGAACCAUUGAAUAAACCUAGGGUUACCAAUUUUUUUUUUGGACAAAAUUAAAACAAAAAUAAUAAUAAUAUAAAUAUUACCGUUACCUUAUUUAUUAUUUGUCCCCCAGAACAAUUUACCUUUGCUGAAAUGAAAUUUUAUUUUUGGAAAUAUUGGACAAGUAGGUCAUCAUGCAGCUUUAAACAGUAUUCAGAGAGCAUUAGCCAUAUUUCAUACGAUGACAGAAAGACAUAGCAAAAUAAUGAAUAUCAGAUAGCUGCCGAGAGACAGACAGAGUGACAGACUGACUUCUGGCAGACGACUGAAAUCCUCAAUCCCUUUCGGACGAAACUAUACAGAAAGUGACCAAAUGGCAACUUUUGUCUCCGAAACCUAAACUCGCAAGAAUAAUAUGGUUUACAGUAAACCUGAAACACAUAUUACAUGCCAUAAAUAACCUCUCAAAAAAUUGAAUUGUGUAUGUGAUAUGAUUUCACAAUUUAAAACAUUAAUAUGAUUUUUAAAAUUGUGGACCUAAUGUAAUAAUGUCAAACUUCACACACUAAUGAUGCAUAAAUUUUUACAUUUUUUUAUAUUCCAAAACAGCCCAGAACCCCAGCGAUGAGCAUCAGGCAAUGCAGUGGAGACGGCAGACAAAGAUCUGCAAACAGAAAGGUAUUCAAGGAAAUUUUCCCUGUCUCAUUGCGAACAGUUGCAUCCCCCCACCCCCCCUUUUUUUUCUUCAAAAUGUAUUAAAUUAAAGUUUCACAUUCUUUAUCUAGUGGCAGUUGCGACACCAUUAACAGAAGGAAAGUAACACGCGACCAUAUUGCAUUGAAGAGGCCGUUUUAAUGGGGUCAAACAAAACAAAGCAUGUGACAUAGUAUAGGCACUGUGCCUAAGAGGAGACAUUCACCUUUUAAAUAUGUACAUUUUAUUCCCAUAGACAGACACAUUUUAUGAUUUUGAUACGAGCUCAAAUCUGUAUGUUAAUAGCUUAAUUGAAAUGCACUACACUCUAUUGUGUUCAAUUUCGAUAUAAAAACUACAACAAAGAAGAAAAUGAGAUUUCAAUUGAACCCUUGAAAGUGGCCCUGACAAUACAUUGAUGCCAGGCUAAUUUAUGGGAGAUGUAUAAAAGAAAUUCUUCAACUAUUCUAUAGUGCCAAAGUUAAAAGCCCAACGCCCUUUAGAGUUCAUUUUCACUUAUUUAAUUGUAUAAUUGAAUAUUAGUUGUCUUUAUGAUUUACCAUCAUGCGGGGCUGGUCAGCGCUUCUUAAGAGGGAGAUAUGCUCUACCCACACAGCGUAUUGCUUGGGUGCCCUAAAAACUGGAGACAAACAGAUUUUAUGAAUAUAAAAAUAUUGAUUAGAAAUAACCGAUGUAGAACAGGGCAGAGGACCACGCCCAGCUAAAUAAAAUAUCAAAGUGGGCCGCAAGCAAAAAUGGUUGAGGAGUGUUAUGUUAAGCAAACAUAAAAUGAUAAAGUCAGGGUUGAGAGAAAAUGGUUUGAUGACAUUGUAUGGCUGGUUUAAUGUUUGAAAAUCUAGUCAGAAUAUCGUAGGGUAGUUAGUAUUUGUUUACUUAUAGGACUGAGUGGUGUACUGACCCAGAUACCAGGUAAUGUGGAGUAUUGGGUAGGCAAACAUUUUUAAUUUUAAUACGUAUAAAGCAUGUGGAUAAUUUUAAGUUCUGUCACAGAAUGACCAUUUCAGAUUCGGUUUAAUUCCAUCCUAGGAAAUGUCCCUAGCAAUUUCCCCUCUAAGGGGUGCUUGUUCGUGUGCAAAAUCAUACAGUUGUGUGCAAAUUUUUACAGCAUCAAUUUUUUUGUGUGCAAAAUUUUACAGCCCACAAACAAAAACUUACAUGGAAGUUGGCUGCGCGGAUACUCAAAACUGCUGCGCUGCGUCUGUAUGAUAGCUGAGCGGCCUCGCAGCUUUAAAGUAACAUUGGUCCCAAGCGAUUGACUCGGCCUCUAUAUGGAUGGCCCCUAAGCGUAUGCACUUUAGGUUCUCUAAUUUCUUAUGUAAGAUUCUUUCUAUUUGCAUUUCCAUAUGGUAAUGAUUGUUGUAAUUUUUUGGUUGACACGUGUAACUCUAUCGCUCAGUUGAUCGUCUGCCAUCCCCACAGACAUGACCCUCUCAUUCUGCGUCAACUGUUAUCAAAGGGUAUUUUCAGUUGUGUAUUGUCCAAAGGUAGAAGUCAAUAAAUAAUCUGAGAGAAUAAAUGUUGUGUUAACAUGGUACACAAUUUAGUUUUCGUAAGUUAGUUUGUCGAGAGCCGUCGGAGUAUUACUAUCAUUGUAUCGUGGAUAAAGAAAUCUGACCACAACCCCCCAGCUCUACGGGAUCUCCAUUGGGUUCCUGUGAGUGAGCUCAUUGACCACAAAAUUCUGUCCCUGGCAUACAGCUGCAUAGAAGGCUCUGCACCGGAAUAUCUUAAAGAACUGAUUUAUAAACAUGUAUCCUUAAAGAACCUGCGGUCUUCAAAGCAGUUCAAUAGUUAAAUAGGAGUUCUUCUAAAUAAAGCCACAAAUUAUAAGUUUAGAUUUUGUUAAUAUUCCCCAAAAAAUUUUGUAAAAAUAUUUUUCAAUGGGACAAAAGAAAGCUCUUUCAUAGUGUUGGAUUAAAUUCAAGUCAAAAUAGGCAUGUGACUAAAGCACCUCAAGUCAAAAUAGGCAUGUGACUAAAGCACCUCAAGUCAAAAUAGGCAUGUGACUAAAGCACCUCAAGUCAAAAUAGGCAUGUGACUAAAGCACCUCAAGUCAAAAUAGGCAUGUGACUAAAGCACCUCAAGUCAAAAUAGGCAUGUGACUAAAGCACCUCAAGUCAAAAUUGGCAUGUGACUAAAGCACCUCAAGUCAAAAUAGGCAUGUGACUAAAGCACCUCAAGUCAAAAUAGGCAUGUGACUAAAGCACCUCAAGUCAAAUAGGCAUGUGACUUAAGCUACCUAUGGCUUCAUCCUUUUUAUUUAACCUUUAUGUAUUUUAGUCCCUUAUGAAUACGACAAAAAAAUUAGCAUGUCAUUUAUUUUAAGUUAGUUUCACUAAUCAAUCCCUAUCAACUUUAAGAAUAACUUUAAAAUAAGUUCUAGUCAUUUGAGGUAAGUACAAGGUUUUAUAUAAAGACAUUCUUGGAUUAUUGUGACAGAAUGUGUGUUUUUUUCUUUGAGAAUACUGAGGAUUAUAUAAUAAUUCUCUCAUGGAAUAUUGUGAUAUGUGAUUAAAAAAUAUAGGAUAUUUCAAUACCAAAGGUAAGUGAGCAUUUUUUAUUCAUUUUUAUUUAGUUUAUACCUGAAGAAUCAUAAUAAUAAUACUCAUUAAAAUACGAUUACAUCGCUUAAAAUAUCAUUACAAAUAAUAGGUCCUACAAUAAUAAGUUGGGAUGAGGACUAGUAUUAUAGUAUAAAUAUAUAUAUAUUUAUUUGUGUGUGUGUCCAAUAAGCCUUGUAUACUAUGCUCAUAUAUACAUAGCUUAUAGAUCAUAUAGAUGUAUAUAUACACCAAUAUAUAUAUUAUAUAUAUAUAGACACACACAUAUACAUUUUAUAUACACAUAAACAUAUAUAUACAUAUAUACUGCUAUAUGACAUCUUGUUUAGUUCAUGAAUCUCGUGCGUGAACUUUGGCUGACCCCAGUUUGGCAACAUGAUGGGUGUAGCUUAAUUACAAAUUGUCUCCUUAACCAUGACGUUAUGUAAACACAGCCUAUAGUCGAAUUCUGUGGAAACCUGCGAGACGUGCCUAGGUACAGAUACAAUGCGUAACCCCUUUCUGGAAAAGUCUCCAUGAAAGACUAUACAUAAGCCAUCGACACAGGGAGAGGUAGAGCUAGAAGGAGACUGCGAGACAAACAGAGAGACAGAGAUUGCAAUUACAAUGAGUCGAGAGCGAGACUAAUAGACUGACAUACUGUACUGAUCAGAGAUUUGUAUAUUCUAUUUAUUUUAUGUGUGUGCACCUUACCAAAAGUCAUUUUUGAUACAUUUUGAGGAAGAUAUUCAAUUUAUUUUAGAAUUUUCCAGAAAGUUCUAGAUUGUUCUACCAGGAUAUAUAAUAAGAUAUAAAAGCUUACAGAAAUGUUAGUUUAGUUCUAUUCAUUUCUAUACUUUCAUGGCGAUUUUCUAAAAACAUUCCCUUCAUGAUUCUAUCGGGGAAAAAAAUCCCACUGGGAACAUGAAUCCACCAAGGAACAGGGUCCUAAAGGGGAACGAGAUCCAACAGUAAACUGGAAUCAACCAGUAACCCGACCUCAUCGGGUAGCGAGAUCCCAUAGAGAACGGAAUGACAACGGGAUCAACAUCCUAAUGACAUCGGGAUCCCACCUGAAAAUGAGAUGCAACCGGCAUUGGGAUCCAACCACGAUCGGGAUACCACUGGUAUCAAGAUUCCACCAGGAAAUGGGAUCAUACAGGGAUGGGAUCCCACUGGGAACAGCAUCCCACCAGGAAAUGGGAUCCUGCUGGGAUUGGGAAACCAGAAGGAUCGGGACCAAUCGGCAAAUGGGAUCUGAUUGGAAAAUAAAAAGUCUACAACAGUUAUUAUAAAUGUGCUUUUAUAGGAGACUAAUUAAUUUUAAAAUUCUUUUACUGCGUUGUUUUUUGUUUUGUUUUUUUUUACAUGGCGCUUAAUUUCAAUUAAACCGGGCAGCGCCGGGUAUAUUGGCUAGUAUAUAUAUAAUACCAUAAUAAUAUAUACUAUUUGUUGUAAUAAGGGCUAUUUAUCCCCCUCCCCCAAUUAAUAACUCAAAAUAAAAGCAUCAGAUCAUAUUAUAAAUAAGUAUUGGCGCUAUAAAAUUAUGAUACUUUGUUUCAAAAUGAGCUAUUAUUGGAUAAGAUGCUGGAUUUCCAGUGUAAGUUAAGUACUAAAAAAUACGUCCAUGAUCGAUAAUUGGUAAUUUUGGGACACAGGUGCCUAAAAUAUAACUUUUCUCACCAAUACACUGGUGCCGUGCUAACCUUAUGAUUUUUUGGAAAUGUUGUCAUUUAUGCAGUCAUCUAAAGGGUGUACUUUUCUUAAAAUUAUAUUUUCCACACAAAAAAAGAUAUGAAUGAGUGAAGUUAGCUAUUAUUUAGUUCAAUUUUCAAAGUCUAACUCAAACAAAUCAUUUUUUUCUAAAAUGAAAGUGACAAAUGAACAACAAACAUGCUCUGUUUAAGAUGAGGAUGGACGUAGAAUUUACAUGCAAAACUAAUUUCGGCCAUAAAAAAAAAAAAAAAAAAAAAAAAAAAAAAAAAUUUUUUUCUAAAAAAAAAGUGAAAAAUGAACAAAAAACAUGCUCUGUUUAAAAUGAGGAUGGACGUAAAAUUAACAUACAAAACUAAUUUCGGCCAAAAAAAAAAAAAAAAAAAAAACCGAAACAACGCUACAUUUGGUAAAUUGAGAAGUGGAGGUCGCCAUUUUGACAAGGAAAUUAAGAUUCCCGUUUUUCGGGUGUUUCCGGGAGAUACCGAAGUCCCUUUGUAACCGAGCCCGCACCGAACCAAACCCUGCUAACGAACGAACCCGAACCGAACCCCGCCGACGACCGAGCCCAAACCGAACCCCGAUGAGGACAGAACUCGAACCGAUUCCUGCUGGCGAAAGAAACCCGAACCGAACUUCUAAAAUAGGCUUCGAUUCCCAGCUCUCAGAUAAACGCAUGCUCAGCAUAGGGUACAGGCCACACGUCAUUGGUAGCGGACGACGCUUGUGAACACCGUCAAUUAAACAUGUUUUUUAAACUAGCAGAAUAUCAGUGACACACUGGUUAUACGAAUUCAACGCUGCGGGAAGUGAGUAAAUAAUGUCCAAUAAUAAUCCCAGGUCCCCGAGGCUAAUUUUCAAAGUCCGAACAAUCUGUUUACUCUAUGCGUGGAAAUACAGCUACAUCUUUACAAACGCCGUUCGUCUCGGGAAUUUUAAUUUAGAGAAUUCACGACAGUCGAACUAGAUCAGCAAUUGUGAAAAAAGUGCAUAAACUUUCUACUAUCGUUUGGUUGACUAACAAUCAUGUAGAACUUGAAAUCAGUAUAUUUUAGAAAUACUUUAAGUGUUCGACGUUGUUGAAAUGCGCUAAAAAUAAACGUAACUUUGCAGCCAAGGAAAAAAAAAAACGGAACACCUAAAGUUUCAAAGCAGCGUCCACUCCUUGGAGAUAUCAAUGAGUCAAACAGAAAGUUGGUCAUUAAUGCACUAAUGGGUGUGAUUCGGACGGCUCAUUGACCGAAUUCCCGUCAUCCUAUGGAACUGAAACUUGGCACAUAGACAGACGUGUUGCUGAUGACAACACAACAGACGUGUUGCUGAUGACAACACAACAGACUAUCAAAAUCUAAGCCCAAACUCCCCAAAAAUCAGUGUUUCCCGUUAUUCAAAGGGAGGAUGAAUGAAAUACGAUUUCUUCUAUGGCUGCGUGUUUUGGUGUGGAGAUUAAUUGGGCGGCUGUUGCUAUCUGCCUUGUAUUUGUGACCUUUUUGUGCAUGAAGUAAAAAAGAGCUAUAUUUUUGUGAAGGGGAAAUUGAAAGAAACAUUAAACGUGUUCCACCAGAAGUUUACCCAUUUCAAAUGUAUACGGCCGUUUCUUAACAAUGAUAAACCACGUACAAUUGCAUAAAUACAAAACAAAAAUAGAUAUAAAGGAUUUAUAGGAGAAACUUUUGUUUUCAUGUUUUUUGUUGUUUUUUUUUCAAUUUUGGUACUACUACUACUACUCCUCCGUGUAGAGUCACACGCGGCCCCCAAAAUAAGCUCUUAGCAGAUACAAGUGUAAUAUGAAUGCUCGCAUUUCAAAAUGGCCGACCUUUGUCGUAAACCAAACAGUUGACGAGAACUGCCAUACGGACGCAAAUUUACAGACGGUCCUUAAAAUGUGACCUUAAAUGACUUGUCCGUAAAAAAAUUUAAAAAAGCAUGCUAAAGGCUUUAAAACAACACCAAAUUAGAGUUCAUAAUGUUUGUGAAAACCCACCCCACCUCCCAACAAACAAACAAAACUGUGUGUGUGUGUGUAUGCUUUUAAAAUUGGAGGAUUAUACGCAACAAAAUUAAUAACCUAAAGUUACGCUUAGGUUUUGACGUCGUGCGUUAGUUAUGUACUGUUAGAGUAAAAGCCGCACGUCAUUUAUAUUGAAUUGUUUUAGCUUGUGAGCUUUCACAAAGAUAUGUUCAAGUGUUUCCGUCAAAUAAAUCAAUACGUUUGCCCACAAAUAGUGUGAAGAUUUAAAAUAGUUGUUGAGCAAAAAAAUAAUGGUUAAAUGAGUUGGAAAACCUUGCAAUCGACUGUUUCUCAUGGAUCAAUAAACAUGUUUGUCUUUAAAAUAACACCGAAAUGUGUUUGUUCUUUCAUUUAAAAGGACAUCGCCAAACGGUAAUUACGAUGGACGAUUUCCCUUGACAUGCGAAAUAAGAAUAAAACUGUUGCCGGGCUUAAAACCAAGUAGGAUAACAUGGGUAUCAUAUUAAGGAGACAGCAGGCGACUUGACACCGCUUUGAUAAGAACUACGAAAUGAUAGACAAUGGUUUACCGGUGCCAGGUCGGAAAUUGUUCACUUUGUAGAUUUUUUGUAGGGAAGCGUUAUCCACACAGCUCUGCGAAUAAUGUUGAGCGUUAUCGGCAGAUCGAAUUCUGCGAAUAAUGUUGAGCGUUAUCGGCAGACCGAAUUCUGCGAAUAAUGUUGAGCGUUAUCGGCAGAUCGAAUUCUGCGAAUAAUGUUGAGCGUUAUCGGCAGACCGAAUUCUGCGAAUAAUGUUGAGCGUUAUCGGCAGACCGAAUUCUGCGAAUAAUGUUGAGCGUUAUCGGCAGACCGAAUUCUGCGAAUAAUGUUGAGCGUUAUCGGCAGACCGAAUUCUGCGAAUAAUGUUGAGCGUUAUCGGCAGACCGAAUUCUGCGAAUAAUGUUGAGCGUUAUCGGCAGACCGAAUUCUGCGAAUAAUGUUGAGCGUUAUCGGCAGACCGAAUUCUGCGAAUAAUGUUGAGCGUUAUCGGCAGACCGAAUUCUGCGAAUAAUGUUGAGCGUUAUCGGCAGACCGCAUUCUGCGAAUAAUGCAGAGCGUUAUUGUUAGACAGAAGUGUUCCCAUAAUUACGCACAUUUCUAAAAAUAAUUAGGAUCACAUUCCAAGCCAGGGUAGGGGCAUAGUGUUAAGUAGUACAGGAUAGAUCGAUCUUUAAUGAGUAUGGCAAAAACACAUCUCAAAACCGAAGCUACCGGUAGGCACAAGUUAAAUUUAAAAAUUUAAUAGGCUUAACUAUAGACUAUAGCCUAUAUAUUAUAUUGGAUAUAGGACAAUUAAUUGUGCCUACAUCUGCUCUGUUAGGGGCCAACAUAAGGUCUAUUCGACCUAUAGAGUGUUACUAAUAUAUCCAGUCAAACCUCCUACUCCUAGACAUAACUAAUUUUCUGGUAUUUCAUAUUAAAUGUUAUACCAGUAAUAAAAAUGGUACCGGUAUUCUUCAUGUAGACUCACUUUCACCCAUUGUAGAGAUGUCUUUAAAAAUGAUGUCAAAGCUUGAUAGGUUAUCGUUUAGUUUUUUUUAAGCACUAUGAUAUAUCACGUAGUCCAGAAAUGUUCUGACAGAAAUAGUUGACAUGCCGUGCAACAGUGUUAUGAUGCAGAGAGGUGUCUCCAUCAGGCGGCCAAGUGAGAGACGGGGAGGGGCAUAUAGGCCCUACAUCGAUAAUAACAGAAUCUAAUCCUGUUUAAGUUUAAGGCUAGUAUUUUUUCCUUAUCCUUGAGGGUGUCCCUAAGUCUAACCAGCUCUGGCCUUAGCUGGGGAAAAGUAAAGCUGGCUGGUUAUUGCGCUGGCCAUACACUCAAACUUUUAAACGCUGCUUCAAUUGCCCCAAGGAGACUUUACUUCCCCAAGACUCGCAAUGCAUCCUGCGACCAGCAGGGUUCCAAUUAAUUUUUUUAUGCUUUUUUUGUAUUUAGACCCAUAGUUACAACAGUGGCAGUAUGGCUUUUUGUUUCAAUUAUCAACAUUUUUUUUACAAGAGCUAAAAUUGUUGAUGUCAAUGAUGUUGAUAUGUUUUAAGUAUGGUACCGGUAUGUUCAUUUCAUUGUCAUCACUAAGUGUUAUUUCAACUAUUUCUGGAGCGGCAUAUUGUGUCCCUACUUAUAAAGAUCCUUAUCAGAAAAUAAAAUGAAGCAAAUAAAACGUGACAUAUUUUUUCAGCUAAACAUUAAUACACAACUCUGAGAUUUAAAAUAUUUGAAUAAGUAAGUUAUUAAUAUUUAUUUGUUUAUUAGAGAAAAAACAAAUGGAUGUUAAAGUCUAUGAGUGGAAUUAUACAAAGAAAGCUAAACAGUCAAAAGAGCCUAAAGAAUAUCACAAUGUGCAGUUAGAACAGCUGUAUAUGACUUAAACAUGGUUUAUGCGGCUCAUCUGCAUGUCCAUAUUGUUUACAGUUUUUUUGACGAAACUUGAAUGAACAUUCUAACAAAAUAGAUUGAAACUAGAAUUUUGAAUACUUACGUUGUUGGACAGAAUGAAAAGUAUAAUAAAAUUGUAUCAAUAAAAAGUGUAACAUUAGUAACAAAACUAUAUGAAAAUAAUAAUAAAACUAAGUGAACAGAAUUAAGAAAGCUAUAUGAAGAAUAUAAUUAUAAUAUAAUAAUACGAAAUAACCAUUAAAUUUUUAUUUUUUUUAAAUUAUAUUCCCGACGGGGAAUCAAACCCUGGUCUUCCGGGUGACAGGCGGAGAUACUGACCACUACACUACAGAGAGAUGCUUACAUGCGUAUUUUGUAUUCUAUUUUCAUAAUUUAAUUUAUCACAUUCUGCGAAUAAUGUCGAGCGUUAUCGGCAGACCGAAAUCUGCGAAUAAUGUCGAGCGUUAUCGGCACAGCUCUGUGAAUAAUCAAUUCCAUUUUUUAAAUUGAAAUUCCAAAUGGAGCAUGUGCAAAAUAGCCAAGUUUGUAUUUUCAGGCCUCACCCCACAGAAAACAAUAUAUCUUAUAUUUAGAAUAGCUAUUAGAAACUAGUCUUAUACUAUAUACAUUGCUAUUAUAAUUAUAAUCUAGUCUUAUAGAUUGCAUGGAAUGCACAUUGUCGGUCAUCUUCCUCAAAAUAUUUAGGCCUAAUACUAUUACAAUUACAAUGAAAUCGUCUUCUAUUUCCUAACAGUGGACACAUUUGUAAACCUGGCCAGUGUAAGCAAACAAUAACUCUAGGCCCAAAGUUAUUAAUUUAAUCAUAUUUUUUAAUACCCAGGCCCAAGAGUCUGGCCUAGGCCUGUACAUUAUUUCUUCUUAUUAAAUUAUUUUAACUACCACUUUAAGUUCUUGAUCAGUAAAAAAAAAAAUCGUGAACUAUAGAGAAGAAAAAUAAAUAUUUUCAAUGGCUUUGAGGGAAGUUCAAUUUAAGUUAUUUUUCAUGUACCCAUUUUUAAUGAGCCGUUAUUCCGAUGGUGCACUUUCAAAGGCCUGAUAGAGGAAUGUUUUCAAUGCUGCUUAGUUUGGAGCAUGCAUUUUUAAUUAAAGCUCUAUUUUGCUUUCAAACAACAAAAAAAGGGGGUAAAAGGUAUUAGAAUGAUGACAUAGUUCAGGGGCGUGGAUAUAGGGUUCUUUGGUAUAACUAGGGGUUUAUAGUCCUGGGGGUUCUUUUAUCAAUUCUCAUAAAAUUACAACGUGACAUAGUAGAUGUAUUUGCAGAAGGGUGAUGCAUAUGUUUGUUAUUGAGCCCCUAAUCAGCAUUUAGUCAAACUAUUUACCUGAAUAGGUGGGUGCAUUUUAUGAGGCUAUCAAUGCCCCAAGGGCAGCGUUUGUUACACACUCAACAAUUUCGGUUCAUAUUAGAUUACACUUUUUAUAUAAAUAAUUUGCAUGUUGUACAUUCAGUAUAAGCUUCUUAAAUGCUAAACACAAUAAGUUGGUCUAGAUCUGUUUCCUGACUUCAGAUAUUGAGUAGGUCAUGUAGGUCUUAUGUUCCUAUAAGUCUCUAUGAUUUGCCUCAAAUGUUUCGACGUCAGAUUUAAAGUGUCAAAUAUGUGUAGGGGGUUCUACAAUGCACUUUUCUGUUAACAUCCAAGGCUAUAGGACCACACAAAGGGGUUUAGAUUACAGUGAAGAAUUCUACAUAAAUUACUGCUUCUAGACCAUUGGUACUCAACCAUCCUAAUGUCGCAACCCUUAAAUAGAGUUCCUUAUGUUGCGGGGACCCUCAACCACAAAAUUAUUUGUAUUGCUACUUCAUAGGGGUAGAGUAUAUGUGUUUUCCAAUGGACCCCUGGGUAAGGGUCAUUCGACCCCCAAAGGGAUCGCGACCCACAGGUUGAGAGCCGCCGUUCUAGACCAAACUUGGAAAAAAAUAAUUCAUUAUCCCUUUCAAAAACAUUGGCGGAUUUCCAAAAUAAUAAUACAUCCAUAUUUUUGUGUCCCUUCGUCAACUGAUUUUAAUGGGACAUUUUGUUAAAAUUAAAUUUGUUUGUUAUACAACCUAAAAAUAUAAACAGUUAAGUUAUUUGUUCUGAUACUUAUAUGAGCUUAAAAAUUAAAAUUACACGUGAUGUAUAGAUCUAGACCAAACACAGUACAAAUGCAAUUAAAAAUCGAUAUUGAAAAACUGGGUGAUUUUAAAGCCAUAAUAUUUCAAAACUGUCUGGGCUAGGGAUACUAAUUUAAUUUUCCUUAUAUCUCUUCAUUUUUCAACCGAUUUAAUGGGACAACUUAAACAUUUUUACUUCAUUAUUUAUUUGACAAAUUAUUUAGGUUCCCUAGCUUAGUGAUAAUUAAAACAUCACAUUAAAGAAAACGGGUCCCCACUGAGGUCCUCAUUUUAACAUUAAUGGAAAACUAUAAAGUUAGGACAUUCUGUUUUAGAUGUUUUAGUCUUGAGAUUAUAAUAUACAAGAACACUUAGGUUACAAUGAAAGCCUCUGGGUAAAUAAUUAAUUAAUUGCAUCUAAGUCAAACUUCCUAAAUAACAGUUUCAUAAUGUGACCAAGACCAGACUAACCCAGGGCUUAAUCUGGAUUGUGUUAUACUCUUGGCCUAUUACACUGGAACAAGAGUCAAUUUAUCUCAUUUUACUAGAAUGAGUACAGGGUAGCCUUAAUUUCAAUAGAUGCUGUUUUCAAUCAAAAUUCGCAAAUUUUCAGACAUGAAGGAUAAAAAUAUUGUUGUUUUUUUUAAUUAAAAAAAGAAAGAUUAAGGUUACAAACAAACAUUGCAUACAAAAUUUAAAGAAGUUAAGUGUCAGUGUAACCCUGGCGUUCAUGAGAAAAAUGAUGCUUCACUAUUUAACCAUUGCUAUUCUAUCAAUAAGUAUUAUUAAUGACCGUUUGCACCUUUAUCAAUCUCAUCUCCAGGUGAUUCAAAAUAAUGAGACCACAGAUGGUGCUUUGAAUACACAGACCAACAGCAACUACAGUGUCCAAGAAAUUGGAGAUCGAAUCUCUGAUGUCCAAUUGGAACAUGGGCCAGUGCAGGAGGAGGCAGGAUCAGAAGACAUAGCUCAGGUCCUACAAAUCAGGUUAACAGGUCGUCAGGAGGAGGCAAGAUCAGAAGACAUAGCUCAGGUCCUACAAAUCAGGUUAACAGGUCGUUUCAAAGUUUGCUUUAAAUAAUUAUUGUUGCCUCAAAAAUAUAAACAGAAAUCAAAACUUGUUCAAGUUUUAAAAUGAAGAAUUGGGGCUCUAGAAAGGUUCACAUACCAAACAUUUUAAGUUCCUGUAAAAAAAGAGAUACUGUGUAAACUUCAUUAUAAAAUUUGGAGUGGUCUUUGAAAAAACUAGUCAAUAGGGUCAACAUUUCAAAACCAGUGAAACCAUCGUUACAAACUAUAAAGCAGUGCUGUCCAAUUGGUUUUAAAUGGCCCGUCAAAGAGAAAUUUUUAUCAUCUGAGUAAAAAAAUAAUCAUGUUAAAUUUAGAUGGGAAAAAAAAAACUUUCAGUGAUUCUGUAUUUUUGGGAAAUUGCACAAGAGUGCAGGUGAGAGCAUAGGAGACAUGGUGAGAGCACGGGAGGAGAAGUGGUGAGAGCAUAGGAGAAAUGGUGAGAGCACGGGAGGAGAAGUGGUGAGAGGACUGGAGGAGAAGUGGUGAGAGCAUAGGAGAAAUGGUAAGAGCACCGGAGGAGAAGUGGUGAGAGGACGGGAGGAGAAGUGGUGAGAGGACGGGAGGAGAAAUGGUGAGAGCACGGGAGGAGAAGUGGUGAGAGGACAGGAGAGGGGUGGCAUUUUAAAAAAAGAUGGGGCGUUUCAAAAGAGAGAGAUGCUUGACAGGUAACAGUAAUUUAUGUAAGGCGCACCAGCAGAUCAACAAUGUGGGAACAUUGGGUGAUAUGAAAUUGGAUACUAACUUCUCCUUUCUGCAGCUUUGACAGGCCUAAAAAAAAAAAGAGUGGGGGGUGUCAUGGUGUAUGGGUAUAGACUAAUUACUUAUGGGCAUUACUAAUGCAGAGAUGAAUUUGGAUACUUAAAUUAUGGUAACUUGAUGCAUAGCAAGCUGGUUAUUGUAAAAUUCUUCCAUGCUCACAAAUGGGACAGGUUUAGAUGAACUAGAGAGGUGAGCAACACGUGUUAAACAACUGGGCUUUAUGGGAGGAUAAUAAUAAGACAAGAGUUAACAACAUGAGAUCAGGGCCACUAAAUGACAGGGCGCUAAUGACUGGAGGGGAAACCAGUUGAAACGUAAUGGGCAGUCUGUCCAGGUUGUAUGAUCAAUUCCAGGAGUAGAAAGCAGGAUAAAAGCUGUUUUUUGUAAUAAGUGCAAUUCAGUGAGGGAGAAAUUCUGACAGACAGUAUGAAUGCUUCUUGAAAGCAUUUUUAUUUCUAAAAAGAUAAAGCCAAAACACCAAGUAAAAAAAAUGGAAAUUGACAGAAGAGAACCGUACUUUUAACAUUCCUGGGAACUGGAAUAGGAAUUCAUGGGAAUUGUUCAAUGCAAAGCAAAUGUGUUUGAUAUGCCAGACUUCUUUUUCUGUUAUGAAAAAGGCAGAGACACCAAAUUUCAGUGACUGCGGAUUUUGAGAAAGAAUUGAAACAAUUUUUGGUCAGAGUUGAGCUCCAGCGACUGUGCCACUGAAGCAUCUUUUAAUAUUUGCUGGAUAUUAACUAAUAAGCAAAAACCAUAUUCAGAUGGUGAAACUGUUGAACUUUGUUUCAGUAAUGUGCAGAUUCAUUAUUUGCUGAAUUUUAAACGAAAAAAGAAAUAAAUAUCUAAUCUUCAGCUUACUCCCCAGACUGUAGCUAGAGGUGUUGAGAGUAUGUCCGGGGAAUAUUUGAGCAGUUGCGUCAUGAUUUGAAAAAUGUUACCGAUUUGAGUCUUGCAUUGGAUGAAUCAUGUGACAUCACUGACACAGUCCAACUUAUUGCUGGGGGUUAGAUUUGACAUGGAACACGGAUUUAAGAAGAAUUAUUGGCACUAAUUCCAUUGAAAAAUACAACCCGUGGUUAGGGUGCAUAUAAGGCACCGAAGGAAUUUCUGGUAAAGAGCUCAAGCGACACCAUUCCAAUUUUAAAAUUUGCUGAUGAUACCACGAUUGUUGGCUUAAUAUCUGAGGGGGAAGACUUAUACCGCAACCUAGUUACAAGCUUUAUCAAUUGGUGCGAUGAAAAUUUUCUCCAGCUGAAUGUCUCAAAACAAAGGAAAUGGUUGUUGAUUUCAGGAGGGGGAAACACCAUAUUACAGAUCACAACAUAAAAAAAAUCAAGGUGUAGAGAAAGUAGAGGCAUAUAAGUACUCCGGUGUCACCAUUAAUAAUAAGCUAACAUGGCAUGAGCACAGCCAAAUGCUGUAUAAGAAAUUCAAUCAAAGACUGUUCUACCUCAAAAAACUGUACAAUUUUGGCGUAAACAAGCAAGUCGUUAACUUAUUCUACAGUGCAACUAUUGGAAGCCUGCUUAAUUUCAGUAUUACCUGCUGGUGUGGGAAUUCAAGAUCGGCCCGUUCGGGUCGAAUUCUUUCUCUGGAGGUGAGGACUGAAAUAUAUAAUAAUUUGUUUGUUCCCCAAUCUGUACAAAUUUACCAGCGUGCCCCCCCUGAAGUCACACAUGUUAAUGAGGACUAUAAGUCCCUGGUAUGGCUAAGAGAAUUCACUGAAUGGCUGUUUUUUUUCACUAGUUAAAUAAUUUAAUGUAGAUGUCCUGUGUUCAAAUUGUUUUAUUUAUGUGCUCAAAAUGUACAAUGUACAACAUAAUAAGAAAAAAUUUCCAUUUCUUUGGCUCAAUAAAAGAAUCUUAUCUUAGAAUCUCCCGUGCUCUCACCAUCAACAGAUGGUGCUCCAGCAAUGCUGAGAAGGAGAGUUCGUCUGAUUGGACUGCUGAUGCCUGACAACAAUUUUCCAGACAUUCAAGCAAAUCUUUGUAUAAUUCCCCAGCAAUCUCUUUGCCCAAGGCUGAAAGAUGAUACACUGCCAAAUGUUAUGGACAGUUUAGGGAAAAUAGUAAAUUUCAUUCGAGCUAAUCCAUUAAAUAACCGGCAGUUUAAGACUUUGGUAGAAUAUGAAAGAAAUUUGGGGGACUUUGAUAACUUCCAGAGCUGGUCACAGAUUAGCGAUUCAAUCCAUUGUCAAAAAAAUUGAAUUUAGAUUUCAAAGAUCUUUUUAAAGAUCUUACUAUAAGAAUGUGUCACAACUGAAAUCAGGAUGACCUUUGUAUCUUCAGAUAAGUUUCCACAACUAUUGAAAUGUUGUACGAAGAUAUUGACAAGGUUUGGAAGCCUCUAGGUCUGUGAAGCUGGAGUCUCAGUAAUGACCAACAUCAAGUCCAAAAAAAAAAAACCAAACGCUUUGACAGAUUAACAUUUAUGAAACCUAAUUAGGGCACCAUUUAGUGAAUACCAGCCCCAAAUUAAGAAGAAUGCAAGUUCAAGUCAAAGCCAAAUAUCGCAUUAAAGAUAUGCUACAGUUUUUAUUCGUUGAGAUGACUCUGAUAACGGACGUUAAUAAAUUGAAUAUUUUUUAAAAGUUUUUUUUAAAAAUAUUUAUUUUGAGAUUUCAUGUGCGGCCCUCAGCUUCACGAAAAACAAAACUUUGGCGCCCGGAGUUGAAAAGGUUGGACAGCACUGCUAUAGAGUAUUACAUCCCGUAAUGCAACUAUGUCAUAAAAAAAAGUGGUUGAACAACUCCUGAAUUUAAUGGCUAAACAUUACAAAUAUUUAAGCAGGGGUGUCUGCACCACUCAGGGGUGCCAAUAAUAUGUUUUGAAAUCAAGCCGUUUCGUGACACCUACAAGAUAAUGACAGGCACAUUACAUCUGGUACAUAAUAGCACACAUACUAUUUGCCAUAAAAAUUCAAAAGUUUUUAACAACUACAUAUGAAAAUUGAUUUGGUUUUAGAAUUUAAAAAAAUUAUUGUUUAAUUGUUUAAAAAAUGUAAAUAUUUAAAUGUAAAUAUGUAAAUGUAAAUAUUGAUGUAAGCUUGAAUAAAAGGUGAAAAAAAAAAAAAAAAAAAAAUUUUAAAACCCUGUUUUAAAGAAUGUCUAAAUUACUUAAGGAUGUAUAACUUUUUUGUGGCAAGAGUAUAAAAGUGAUUUUAGAUCCAAAAUUUUUCUAUUUCUUUAUUAAUACUAAGACACACAAGAUAUAUCAAAAUGAUCAUUUUUUAAAUUAAUUUUUUGUUUUACAGAUUCCCAAACAGACCAGAGCCCCGGCAAUGAUGGAUCUAAUUAGAUAUCAUGGUGAAGAAGGAAGAAAAAGAUCUUUUUUUUUGGUCAAAAGGUAUAAGUUCACAGGUUCACAUAAUUUUUUUUAGUAAUGACCUCAUUUUACAGAUGCAACGCAAACUAGGAUCCCAGAACAUUUUUUAAAAGGCUUUUUAAUAGGGUGUUAAAGAAAAAUAAACAUAAAUAGAUUUUGCAGUGAAACAUAAUUUAAAUUAAUUUCAACUUAUAACAUAUUAAAUGCAAUGGUUGAAAUUGAUUUCUUUUAAGCUAAUUAGCCUGUAAAGCCACAGGCAACUCCUGGCAAUCUCAUUUGGGUUCGCAACUUAUGGGCUAGGAAGUAGCGUAAUAGAUUUCUUUGAGAAUUUUCAUAUCAAAAUAUGGUUUAAAAGGAUUGUGAAACUUUCAUUAGAGAUCCAAUGCAUGAAAAAGGUAACUGCAAAUUCAUUUACUUUUAUUUAUAAAUAAACGAAAAAAGAGAGGGUAAGGUUUUGAUGUAGUCCCAAGUGGAGUUUUGAAAACAUACUUAAUCCCCAUUGUUUAUGUCAAGAAAGUACAUUGGCAAAACUGUGUAAUGGAAAGCCCAGCUUUUUCAGAGAAACCUCUAUCAUUUCCCAAAAUUGCAAAGUGCUAAUGGACUAGGGCAUACCAUUCAGUAAUAAACAUACUGUAAGGCUACAGGAAGAACUUGAUCACCUGUUUGCAGACUACAAAACACAUAAAUCCACUUUUCAAAUUUUUGCUGCUUUUCUCCUUCAAUGUGGAAGAUGCCCCCCCCCCCCCCCCCCGCCUUUGCCCUUCAAAUGGAACUGAUUGAUCUUCUGUGCAAUUCCAAACUCUAGGCUAAGUUCAGGGAGGUGUAUGGAAAAACAAACAAACUUGGCACAUUAAAGCGGAUCAUGUGCCUUUUUGGGAGUAGCUAUCUGUGGGAAAAGCUCUUUUCACUUAUGAACUUUAACAAGUCAAAGUUCAGGGCCAAACUUACUGAUGAUUAUCUUCAAGCUUUACUGAGGGCCUCAGUUGCUUCCUCACUCAAACUAAAUGUUGCUCAGCUGUGUAAGAAAAAGUGCUGCCAGGUCUCUGGCUACAAGGAGUAAGAGGUUUUUGAGAAACCUUAAUGUUUUUAUUUGUUAUUGAUAAAGGUUGAGCUGUUUGUAACAGGUGUAUUUUAUUGAAUUUGUAAUCAUUUUCUGUGGAAUACUUGAUGCAGCCCAUUCUCAGUCAGACUCUACCUCCUGCGGCCCCCAAAUAGUUUGAGACCCCUGCUUUAUAUGCAUUUUUGUUUUCAUUUAUGUCAUUGUACUUGAUUUAUCAUUUUAUUAACAAGGCGUUAUGUAAAUGGGUAAACAUUUCCCCUUCAAAAAUACAUUUUAUUUUUACUGCAUACCCAAAUAUGUCACAAAAUCAAAGCACAUAACAACAGUUACACAAUUAAUCUCUACACCAACGCCCACGAAAAACGGAUUUUUGGGAGUGGGGCUGAAAUGAUAGAAUGUGUUUUCAGCUCAAUAAGAUGACGGGAAUUGGGUCAAUGAGUCUUCAGAAGAUUUUGCCACUCAGAAACACACAAACAAAAGCAAAUUUAAUAUAAUGGAUUUUAAAUUUUCAUCUCUUGAAAAAGGAUGGCUGAUUCCAUGCCAAUGAUAACAUUAAAUCAACAAUGCAAUGUGCAUGUCCGACAAUGUAGAAAAAUUUGAAUACCAAGUUGAAUGGACAAUGGGACAUCCAUAUAUAACGUACGCAAAAAACAACACAUGUUGCUCAGCUGUGUAAGAAAAAGUGCUGCCAGCACGUUUGGGGGGAGGGGGCUACAUUUAUGCAUAAAUUCUAGGGGUGUGCCGGAUCUGUUUUUUCCAACCGGAUCCGGAUUUUCUUAUGCGAAAUCCGCCGGAUCCGGAUUCCGGUUUCUCCCGGAUUCCGGAUUUUGGUACUAUUGGUAGAUACUUCGGUAAGUCAAGGUGGACUACUACUUUUUGUGUAUGGGAAUUCGCAAUCGGCGCCAAAAAAUCCGAGUUUUUAAUUUUCCGAUGUGUGUGUCUAUUUAUUAUUAAAUUAGUACUUUCGAUAUAUAUUUGAGUUCCGUUCCAUUUGGAUAAGUGUCUUACGAGAGACGCCAUGUUUCUACGCGUUCGCAGCAGGUUAUGCAGCUCGCUCAACCUAAUUUCGCCAUGGGGUUGGCCACGCCCCCCUUUUUAAUGGCGGAAGUUGACGAUACUUAGGAAAUAUUAAUUUAUUAUCACUAUUUACAUCAAAAUAAUUGAUAACUUGUGUUUCAGAAUGCAUUUAAAGACAUUUAAACUGGAAUGUUUUAAUUUGAGCUUUAACAACCCGGUAGAAUCCAUAUUAUAAAUGAUCAGAAUUUACCGUGUGCAACACGUUGUCAUUGGCAACCAUUCACAGCCACUUGCAUAACUGUAUCGUAGUACUACCUCAGAGUUUCAUUCAUAAGAGUUUGCCGUGUGCAAAAACUAUUAAACCAUUGGUCAGGGAAAGCUUUAAUUAAUUAUUCAUGUGCCAAAGUUGAAAGUUUAAACUAAGUCUAAACAGUAUUUUAGUGAUAAGGCAGGGAAUGCGUUGCCUUAUAUAAACUAUAUAGUCAUUGCGCAUGACGGGAUUGGUGGAAUGAGAUCACAGAAUGUGGAGAUGCAGUCCAUGUUAAAAAAUGACAAACCAAGUCGUACUUUAAAAAUUCAUAACUUUAAAACUACAACAGCUAAAAAUAUGAUUUUGGUGUUAUAAUUCUUUAAAAAAUUACAUCUUUUCAACUAUGCCAUUGGUUUAUUUUUACAAAAAGUUUAAAUUUUCUUAUCAAAGUCCCUACACUAUUGGCCACUAUUAGCGGUGCUGACUCUAGCCUCUGGUAUGUACGGAAUAUUAAACAUUAAACAAGCUCAACGCUCGAAACAAUCGAUUAAUGUAUCGUGAUCGUGUGAAAUUCGGGAAAGAGAAUUACUUUUAUUUCAGAUUAUGAUCCGGUGAGUCACAAAAUCUGGCAAAUUCCGAAAUCCGGUAUAUUCCGGAUUCCGGAAUCCGGUUGUUCCGGAUACAUGUAAAUCCGGCGGAACCGGAUUUCACCGGAUAGUGCAAAAUCCGGCGGAACCGGAUUCCGGACCGGGGUCCGGCACACCCCUAAUAAAUUCUAAAAUAAUUAUCCUGACAAGUCUCUAAUAAAGCCAAAUGUAAAUCUGUCAAAUCCAUUAUUUCUUAUUAGGCCUAUUUGUUUUGCAGUUAUUGGCAUGCUAAUGCUUGGUGUUUUCAUAAAUAGCUUGCUAGAUAUAGCUGUAGUAAUAUAUAGCCUAGUGACAACACACUAGUCUUUCCGUGCCGAUGACGUAACUAUUUCUUUCAGCAACCAACCUCCCCCACCCUUAUUGGUGGAGGAAAGCUAUUUUUUAACCGGGUCUCUUAAUUAAAAUCGUAGUUCUGAUGGGUCUCAGAAUAGAAUUGUAAAAGACAUGUCAAAAUCGUACAUUGUACGGAAAAAUUGUAAGAGUAAACAGGUCUUGAAUCAUACAGAGUGGCUUGUAGGUGUACAGUUCACAGUGUAUUUUACUAUAAUUCCUGCCAUUUCAAGGGAGGAAUCGCCAAGGAUUGCGAUCUCUAAUAUGAUUUUUAUAAUCAAUUUUAAAUUUAGGAAAAUAUAUUCAUCAUUACCUUGUUUAAUCUGUUGAAAAAAUUAUGCCAGCACUCCUUGACCAACACCGUCAUUAUAUAGGGGAUUGAAAAUGUAGAUAGGUUAGAGUCAGCUCCAUCUUAUGUUGAUUCCGUUAUUUUUCUUCAACCUUUAACAAAAUAAGACAAAAACACAUUGUUAUUAGAAGAGAAUAUGAUAAAAGCUUGUUGUAUUUGGUCAUGUAAGCAGAUAAGAUAAGUUACAAAUUAAUUUUUAAUUUAUAAGAAAAUUUAAAUCAUUGGUUCUCAAAGUAUGUGGUACUGCCCCCAAGGGGCGGUGGGACAUCCCGGGGUGCGGGGGCGUAUAACGCUCAUUAUAUUUAGGGAAGAGCUGGGACUAUUUAAGAAGUUGGUGGUGGAUUAAAGCAGAAAACGCUUUUUUAAAUUACAUUCAUUAAAUUAUCUAUCAAUAUCAGCCUACAAAAAGUGUCAUGCUUAGCAUCAGUCAAACAAUAUAAGGAGCUACUAUAAAGUAAUGAAAAAAGUAGUGAAUUCACUUUAAAGAGGAGCCACUGACAUAUUGUUAUAACUGUUAUACAAAUCUGUUAUUUAAAUCAUGGCGUUUAAUUUCUCUCCUGCUACCGCAUUGUUAAUAAUGUCAGUUUUUCAUACGAUUACCAUUUUUGAAUUUAUCAAGGGCAGGCCCUUGUCAGAGAUGGUCGAAUUUAAUUUUUAGUUUGGUUUCAUAGUAUGUCUUUUGUUAUGAAGGUUAUUAGUCUGAUACAGAUGUCAAAAGUCAUUCUUAUAAGAAAGAGGGGCGCAACUGUGCAUAAGUUUAACCACAUAAGUUACAAAACUAAACGCCUAAGGACAGGUUGUUGUGUAUUUUUUUUUUAAUUCCUUACUUUUUUUAUUAUCUAUUGUUUCAUUCAUCCCCACAUCUAGUAGAUGAAAACUGAAAGUUUAUUAUUUACACCCAAAGUUGCCAGUGUGGACCUGGAAGUCGCUUUUAGAAGCUAUUUAACACUGGAAUUUUUUUAAAGACUAAUCAUGAAGAACCAUAAAAUAUGAUGAAACCCUUUAAUUAUUUGUGAACAAAGAUUACAUUAGAAGGGGCAAAGCAUGGUAGGAAUCAAAUCAGAAAAACACAUUAGUAAGGAUAAUUUUAUACUAAAAUACCAACGGCUUCCAACAUAAAACAGGAGAUUAAUUAUUUUCACUGCAAUUUUAGCUACACUGUCCACUUACACUUUAAAACAAUACAUUAUGAAGUUCAAUACAAAAGUUGUUGUUUUUUUAAAUGGUAUUACUCGCCCUGGUGCCUAACCAGUAGUAACAGUUUGAAAACUUACAAUGACAAACCUUUCUUUUUGCUUUACAGGAGAUGUGAAAGAGAAAUGAUGAGCUACACAAAUGCUGCUAACGUUUGGCAGUCCAUAAGAUGGAACCAAGAAAUAAC